AUGAAGACAACGCUCGCCCUUUUUCUCGCCCUGACCCUGGCCGACGUCGGGCUUUGGAGAACCAUUGGUGGAGCGUCAGCCAACAAUCUUGGAGUGGGUGGCCAAAACCAGGGCUGGGGUAAUAGUGGCGGGGUUGGCCAUCAUCAAAAUGGAGGAAUUAUCGAUCAUCAUGGGGGUAACAUCGGAUCCACCCAGGUAGAUCUUGGAAUGGAUAUUGGACAGUUCGGACAGUUCGAUAAUAGUUUCAAUGGUGGACAUAUUGACAACGGUCAACACGGAAAAGGAGGAAUCAUCGGUCUCCACAAUAUGGGCAAGGGAGGUCAUCACGAUAACCACAAUGGCGGAGUGAUAGGGGGUGGUGCCCUUAGUCAUGCCUCCGCUGAUGUGUCCAUCGGAGCGUCCGUCGGCGCCGCUGUAGGAGGUGGUAUUGGUGUAGGAGGUGGUAUUGGAGGAGGUAUCGGAGGCGGUAUGGGAGGAGGGAUCGGAGGCGGUAUGGGAGGAGGUAUCGGAGGCAGUAUGGGAGGAGGGAUCGGAGGCGGUAUGGGAGGAGGUAUCGGAGGCAGUAUGGGAGGAGGGAUCGGAGGCGGUAUGGGAGGAGGUAGAAUGGGAGGUUUCGGAGGAGAUAUUGGAGGCGAUGUCGGGGGAGGAUUCAGCAUAGGAGGCGGGUCCCUUGGUGGGUCAUUCGAUGACUCCACCAUCAACGGAAAUUUCGAUGACACCACCAUAAUUGGAGAUCAAAACAUCAACAGCAUCAGUGGGUCUUUCGAUGACAGCACAAUCAUCAACAGAGGUGGAAACCUGAACUCCAUUAGCGGAUCAUUCGAUGACUCCACUAUCAUAGGGGGUAACCCAGGCAGCAUUUCUGGAAAUUUCGACGACACCACCAUCAUUGGAGGAGGUAACGGGGGAUUCGGAGGAGGUGCCGGAAUUGGGGGUGGUGUCGGCAUUGGAGGUGGUGUCGGCAUUGGAGGAGGUGUCGGUAUUGGAGGUGGUGUCGGAAUUGGAGGCGGUAUUGGCAUUGGAGGUGGAUCCAGAGCUAGUGCGGGGGCUAGCUUUGGCGGUGGAUUCGGAAAGAAGAGUGGGUAUGGAAGGAAAGUGAAAAGAUUCUUUAAGCCAAGACUUUUCUACAAACCCAAGUAUGGGGGAUACAGAAUGCGCUCCUACUUAGGUUACAGAAGACCUUCAUACAAAAAGAUCAUGCCCAUUCCAAUCAAGAAGAUCAGAUUCAUGAGGCCCUAUUUCAUGAAGAAAUACAGGGGUUACGGUUAUUAGACCGCCCAUUUGUGUUCCGAUUCCACGACACCAGCCCACAAAUCGGAGUCC